CGGCACGCCCGUUUUUGGGCGGCGGCUCGUCGGCCGUGGCCACCACGGCGUCGAGGAGGUUGCUGAGUAGGAAGGCGGACGAGGGAAGCGCAUCCAUGCCCGCCGCCUCGGCCAGCACUACUUUCUGGUCGCACACGGGGCAGCGCAGCUUGAGUGGCUCUCCCGGAGCGCUGCCGCCAGCCGCCGGCAGCCGGUGCGCCUCGAGGCACGGGCGGCAGAAGGCGUGCAGGCAGGGCAGGACGUGCAGGCGGCGCGCCGCGGCCCCCGGUCCCCCGCCGCCGCCACCCGACGACGUGGACGUCUGCGAGGACGACGACGAUGCAGACGAGUUGGAGGAGAGCGGCGCCGGCGAGCCGCACAUCUCCUUGCACAACAGGCAGAUCUGGAAGUCGGUCUCGGGGAACGAAGCCAUUUGCAAGCCAACUCGGAGGAGGGAGGAGACCAGAGAGGAAGAGGAGGAGGAUAGGAGAAAACGGCCGAGGUGGGUGGGGGAGCCGCCGACUCACUCAGAAAAAUGCAUCGAUCGGGCCUGCGAUCCAGAAGCCGGCUGCAGAGCGACUCGGCCUCCUUGGCCUCGUCGCGCCCGGCCCGCGCGCUGCCAGCCCCGACGCUGCGGGCAUCAAAUGCCACUAUCCAGAGGCGACACAGAUUGCUCCCGCAGGACGCGGAGGCUGCGUGCCUUUCGAAGCCGGAGCGCCGGAACAAGUCCCGACACGCGAGGGGCGAGCGGGGGCAGGGAGGUCAGAGGAUUCCCUGAAGCAGCUGGAGCGUAGUUCUCCCUAGCUGAGGCACUUUGAUGCUGUAUCAUCUGAAACGUCCUUACCCUCUACGUCAUCCAUCAGAAUCCACCUAUCCUGUAAAGGCUGACUCAGAGUCCAGGGCUUUUCCAUUACGCUGGGUUAGAAGUCAUUUCUCUACCCUGCCACCUCCUCACCCUCACUGCACUUUAGCUGUUCACUCUGUUCUGAAAUUCACCAUGUUCACCUGUUGGAAGAGAUUGUAGGAAUUGUGGUCCCAGAGUUGUGCGUGCCUCCCUGUGCUCAUGUUGUCUGGUAGUACCCUCUCACAUAGAGUCUGGGCACUGCCACAUGAUUUGCUUUGAUUAACAGGACAGUAGCAAACAUGACAUAAGUAGAAACCUGAAAGUAUUUGAGCUUUGGAAGCUUAGCCCUCUUGCUUCUCUUGAACCCCUGUGACCACCUAGGCCAACCUGUCGGAGGACAAGAGACCCAGAUACCCCCUUUACCCCUGGGAUGGCUGGCCUACUAACAGACAUGUGAGUGAGGCCAUGCAAGAACAGCCGACCCCCAGCCUACCUGCCAACUGACCAGCGGAGUGACUUAUUCAAGUGAAUACAGUGAGGGAAUGAGGCAACAGGUGAAUUCCCUUAAUGAAUAUUUACUGAGCACCUACUAUGUGCCCGACUUUGGGAAAGCACCUUGAAGGAGGAGACAGACAGUGUACAUAUGAAUGAACAUGGAGUUUAUUGUCCUCUCAUGAUUCGUGCUCAAGAAGUGGCAGCAGCUUCCUGCUCCA